AGCUCGAGGAGUCGGUCGUCGUCCCCCGGGAGGCUUUGCUUCGUCCCACGGCUUUUCUCUCCGCCCGAGCCGAGCCGCUUUGCGGACUUUUCUCGGCGUGCGGAGCCUUUCUGAGGACAGCCAGGGGCCUGGAAAAGCCCGGUGCUGGCCUCGGACACCGCCGACCCCCUCAGCGGCCUGGGCGCACCGCCGUGACCCGCGCCCGGAACCGGGGGCCGAGCGGGUCCUGCACAUCCGGCUCCACCCACUCGGGGCCUCGCCUCCCCGGAGUCGCCCCCAGGGUACCCGACACACCCACUCCCGGCCGGCCCGGCCGUCUGCCUCCUCCCAUCUUUCCCUCAGUCCGCCUAAUUCCUCCCGGUCCCCCAGCCUCCUUGUUUCUGACAUUGCACUGAAAAGGAUUUACCCGGGAAACCACAGUGCGGGGACACUUCUUUGGAGAAGAGACAGGGGUUUUGCACCUUAGGGGACGCAUUCACCUUUCCAAGGGCCUAGGAUAGAUUUGAUUAAUCAGCCCGGAGUACCCUGUUCUCGCUGACACUGCCGUUUCUACCGCCCUACCUUCCCACACUUCUGAGAACAUUAAGCAAGGAGUGCUUGGAGACUUAUUUGGGCCCCCACUUUGAGCUAGACGUGAGGUUGACCCCCGAGGUGAACAUGGCUGCAGUCCUGGACCCUCAGAUCGACGCGCCCCUGGAGGUUGAGGGAUGCCUAAUAAUGAAGGUAGAAAAGGACCCCGAGUGGGCAUCAGAGCCCAUUCUGGAAGGAUCGGAAAGCUCUGAGUCUGAGACCUUUCGCAAAUGCUUCAGGCAAUUCUGUUAUGAGGAUGUGACUGGACCCCAUGAAGCUUUCAGUAAACUCUGGGAACUUUGCUGCCGGUGGCUGAAGCCAGAAAUGCGUUCCAAAGAGCAGAUCCUUGAGCUGCUGGUGAUUGAGCAGUUUCUCACCAUUUUACCCGAGCAGAUUCAGGCUUGGGCACAGAAACAGCGUCCGGAAAGUGGAGAGGAGGCGGUGGCCCUGGUAGUACAUUUGGAGAAAGAGACUGGAAGACUAAGACAGCAGGUCAGCGGCCCUGUGCACUUGGAGAAGCAAGCCCCACUCGGAGCAACAUGGGAGGUGGAAGAAUUUCAGUCAGAGCGGGUGGAGACCCAACCCAGGGUAGUGUCUCGGGAGGAAGCUGGAAGCCUACACUCAGGACACCAGGAACAGCUGAACCAAAAGAGAGAGCAUUGGCCCUUACCCAAGAAUGCUCGGCCCUCUCCCUGGGUUCCUGCCCCUUCUGAUGAAUGGAACAAUAUCGAUCAGGAAGUGACAACCACACAUCUUCCUGCUGGGUUCCAGGAGCCAGUGAAAGAUGUCCACAUGACAAGAGGUUUUUCCUAUAAAAAGAAUGUGCAUCAGAUUCCUGCUCACAGAGACCUGUACCGGGAUAUCAGGAGGGAGAGUGUUGGGAACGUGGUCUCCCUGGGAAGUACAGUGUCUUCAUCUAACAAGAUAGCCCAGUUGGAACAACGAAAGGAGCCAUGGACUAUAGGUCUUCAUUCCUCUAAUAAGAGGAAUCUCCUGCGAAGCAACUACAUCAAGGAAAAAUUAGUUCGUGCUAUUCAGAUCCCAGCAAGGAAUGCAGGAAAAACAUGGAGAGAGCAGCAACAGUGGGGUUUAGAAGAUGAAAAAAUAGCAGGUGUGCAUUGGAGCUAUGAGGAAACUAAGACUUUUCUUGCAAUUCUCAGAGAGUCUCGCUUUUAUGAAACACUUCAGGCUUGUCCCCGAAAUAGCCAGGUAUAUGGUGCUGUAGCUGAAUGGUUGCGAGAAUGUGGCUUCCUCCGAACACCAGAACAAUGUCGGACCAAGUUCAAAAGUCUCCAGAAGAGCUAUCGAAAAGUGAGAAAUGGCCACAUGCUAGAACCUUGUGCCUUCUUUGAGGACAUGGAUGCUUUGUUGAACCCUGCAGCCCAUGCUUCAUCCUCUGAUAAGCCAAAGGAGACGCUAUCUCUCCCCAGACUAAAGAGAAAGGGUGUCAGUGCUAAAGAACAGAUCAGUUUGGUGGAGGAGGAGGAGGAAGCCGCAGAAGAAUCUGAUGGUGAUGACAUUGGCAUUGAAUUUAUCCGCAAGUCUGAGAUUCGUGGUGCCCCUGUCUUGUUUCAAAACCUGAGUGGUGUGCACUGGGGCUACGAAGAAACAAAGACUUUUCUUGAUAUCCUCCGUGAGACUCAUUUUUACGAAGCACUUCAAGCCUGUCAUCGGAAGAGCAAGUUGUAUGGGGUCGUGGCUGAACAACUUCGAGAGUGUGGUUUCCUCCGAACACCAGAACAGUGCCGAACCAAGUUCAAAAGCCUUCAGAAGAGUUACCGCAAAGUGAAAAAUGGCCAUGUGCUUGAGUCCUGUGCAUUUUACAAGGAGAUGGAUGCUCUGAUUAACUCUCGCACAUCUGCCCCUUCCACCAGCACCCCAGAAGUCCCAUCACCCUCAAGGCAAGAAGGAGGGGGUAUUGAGGUUGAAUCCCAGGAACCUACAGUCUGGGAACCUGAGGAGACCUCACAGGAGGCAAUAAUAGAAGAUUCUGGAAGUGACAGAAUGAGUGAGGAGGAAAUAGUACAAGAGCCACAGUUCCAGCAACCUCCAUGUCUACUGCAAAGCUCAAAUGACUUUGAAUUUGGAAGUAGUAUCAAGGAGGAUCCAACACAGGUAAUAUACAAGGACAUUGAGCACCAUAGGGCAUUAAUAGAAAAGUCUAAGAGAGUUGUUUCCCAGAAUACUGAUUCCUGUAAAUAUCGCAAAAGGGAAUGCAUCUCAGGAAAACAGUGGGAAAACCUUCAAGGAACUCGACAGGGAAAGCUGAUGUCUCAGCCUAGAGAUUUAGGGAAAGCUGCAGUGCAUCAAAGGUCUUUCAUGGGGAAGAGACCCUGCAGAGUUCUUAAAUAUGGAGAAGGCUUUGGAAGGAGUGCUCGUAUUAUGUGCCGAAUGACCCACCAGAAGGAAAAUCCUUAUAAGUGUAGUGUGUGUGGGAAGUGCUUUGGUAGAAGCAGGAGCCUAAUCAGACACCAAAGAAUCCACACAGGUGAAAAACCUUUUAAAUGUCUCGACUGUGGGAAAAGCUUUAAUGAUUCCUCAAAUUUUGGUGCCCAUCAGAGAAUCCACACAGGAGAGAAACCAUACAGAUGUGGAGAGUGUGGGAAAUGCUUUAGUCAAAGCUCGAGUCUUGUUAUACAUCAGAGAAGCCACACUGGCGAGAAGCCCUAUCAAUGUGGAGAGUGUGGGAAAAGCUUUACCAACAGCUCUCAUUUCAGUGCCCACCGGAGAGUCCACACUGGAGAGAAUCCCUACAAAUGUGUGGAUUGUGAAAAAAGUUUCAAUAACUGUACAAGAUUUCGAGAACAUCGGAGAAUACACACUGGAGAGAAGCCCUAUGGAUGUGCACAGUGUGGCAGACGUUUCAGUAAAAGUUCCAUUCUUACCAAACACCGGGAAGUUCACGGGAGGGAAAAGCUUCUGCCACACCCUCCAUCCGUGUAUUCCCCAGAGACCCCACAUAAGGGAAAGACUGAUGAAUUAAGGAAAACUUUUUGAUGAUGAUCUCUUCUCUUCCUAAAUGUUCUUUUAGCCAUUUUAUCCUAAUCUCAUUUUGGAGGCAAUCCUUUUAGCUAUAAAGUAUAAUUCCCAAGAUUAAUUUGAGAAUGUAAAUAAACUAAAGACUUCCAUCCUGUUCUCA